AUGAAAGGCCUCGAUACCCUCCUCGACCUCCUCGCAAACACCAAGCUCGAACCGACCGCCCAGCCGCUUACCGACGAAAUCGCCGUCUUCACAGCCGCAUCCGACGGAUUCAAUAAAGCUAAUACAAACGCGACCGUCAAAGAAUCCCUCCAACGACUCGCACCCGUGGUCCAAAAAGCUCUCGAGAAUAACCUGCGUGUAAGAGGGUACGUAAGUACUGUCAUAACAUGUCCUUACGAUGGUGCCACCGACCCCCAACGCGUGCGAGACGUGACCAAGGAACUCGUUCAAAUGGGGUGCUACGAGGUUAGUUUGGGGGAUACGGUCGGCACGGGCACGCCGGAGAGUAUGAAACGGAUGUUGAACGAGGUCGUGAAGGAUACCAAAGUGGAAUUAUUGGCUGCCCACAAUCAUGAUACGUUUGGGAUGGGUAUUGCGAAUGUUAUGACUGCAGUCGAGGCUGGGGUAAGAACUGUUGAUAGCUCGGUCGCCGGCCUAGGCGGAUGUCCUUAUUCACCAGGUGCGACAGGAAACGUGGCUACAGAGGACGUCGUUCAUGCUCUCCAUGGAUGCGGCUACCAAACCGGUAUUAAUCUACACGAACUCGUCCGAGUUGGAGCAUGGAUCUCCAAAGAGCUCAAGCGUGACAACUCGAGUCGAGCAGGGAAAGCCCAUCUGGCGAAAGAAGUGCGAGGAAAAGGGGGGCGCGAGGUCAAGUCUUUGGAGUAG